CGAUGAAACUUGAAUUGCCGAAAGAAAGACGCCAGCACUUUAAAUGAGGUUUGGUUACUUGUGUUACAUAUAAUUGGUCAGCACUGCGGGGUACAGGCUAUAGAGACGCUCUGCUAUGGAGUAUCAGGAUAUACGCCAGGAAAUGAACGGUUGAUUUAUGGCUCCGGGAGAAAAUUGCCAGUACACACAUACAUGUAUAGCUAUAUGGUCAGAAAAAAUAUGCCAGUACCUAUGGCUUUGGUCAGAAGAACUACAAGUACACAUGGUUCUGUUCAGAAAAUUGUUAAAGCGUAGUAACAAUAACGCACUUGAAUACAGUCUCCGUUAUCUAGAAAAAAUAUCAAGCGGCUUUACCGAAAUCAACGGCACCAAUGGGUGAUCUAAGGCAGUGAUAGAAACAAGACAUAGGAUAUUGUCACGGUAUCCCAGACUUCACGUAACAAUGCGCAUCUUCUGCAAUAUCAGGAUUUAAUCAAUCGCGGAAUUUUCCGGAAAAGUAAAACUUCUCAAAGUUCUAUUUAUUGUACUCCUCAGGGACAGGAUACAAUAUCAGCCUUCUCAAUGGAGAUGAUAUAGAGUGCAUGUUUUACGCGAUGGCUGUAGAAGUGGGCCGUAGCUUUACUUCACAUAUUCUGCUGAGUUUUACAGAAUAGGUUUAGCAGCCAUUGAUUGAUUCACUACGAGAGUGAUAAUAUCUCUACGCAUCAAUGAAAGCCCUGUUCUCGGGAUUAAUCAGACUGCGUGAAGUGGGCAGGUGGCGGGGCGUGAUUAGUGCGUUGCUAGCGUACCGGUCAAUUUACAGUUUGCGUGCUAACCCUUCACUACUUCACCUAAGACAGACGUGCUUGCAGUAGAGGUGUGGGGCUAGUCUGAUGGUCUGAGUUAACGUUGAAGUUACGGAGACCACGUGCUAGGCUUCUCUACAGGUGGGAAUUUUCAGCACGCGGGGGAUCGAUCGUUGGCAGUCAAAAACUAUCUGCGAGCCACAAGCGCCGAUCUGUGAUGAAGAGGACUGCGCAGUAAAGUGGAUCUAUCGUUCAUGAGUUACUACACUAGAUGAUGGAGUUCUAAGAGAAAAUCCGCACGGCAAUAAUUUUGCUCAGAAGUUCAAGUGUUUGGUUCAUAUACAGCAGCAUUCCCAGAAAGUCUGGACGCACUGGGCUUUGUUUUUUAAAUUACCACCUUACUCACUUAUAAGGGAAUGCAUUUAAACUUUUGGUGAGCAAGAUUUCUCUCCACCCCACUUCCCAGACGGCGGGAGAACACUGCACACACUGAAGAAAUAGACAUAGAACGAAAAGAUUGGUUUAGAUACACGCGGCCAGAAAGCUGUGAACUACCACGAUGUUACUGUUUACUGUAACGGUUUUACUCUUCACCGUCCCGAGGGAGUCCGUGGGUGACGCUCAUGCCCCGUGUUACAAGUGUGAUCUGGUAAAGAUGGAACAACGACACGAGGCGAAACUCCGGUCAAGCAGGUCAAAGUACACUGAUGUUUGUCGUGGGCCAUGCCAAUGCACGGAGCAGUCCAUCACGUGUCAGGAAGGGGUGGGAGGGGUGAAAGACGGCUGUAAUUGCUGUUUUAUUUGCGCCCGUCAACAAGGAGAGACCUGUAACAAAAGGGACAUAUGUGACGAGGCUAAAGGACUCACGUGUGACACAACAUUCGGAGAUGGCACCAAUGGACGCGGGAUAUGUAGAGCAAAAGAAGCCAAAUCCUGUGAAGUUGACGGCAAGGUCCACGAGGAUGGUUCCCAGUGGUACAAAGACUGCCGCACUAUGUGCACAUGCCAGAAUGGUAACUACGGCUGUGUCUCUGUAUGUCCACAAGAACAGACCAAACCCACCAACCCCAACUGUCAGCUGGUCACAGUCAGAGGCAAGUGCUGCAGGGAAUGGAUGUGUCAUGUUCCCAGAGCCAGGAUACGGCAGCCGCCGCCAACCAAAUCUGACUAUCAGAACACAGAGGAAAUUGUACGAGAGCCGUCGUCACCUCCAAACCGGAAAUGUAACCUAAUGACGUCAUCCUGGAGCGCGUGUUCCAAAACAUGUGGUUACGGAAUCUCGGUCAGAGAGAGCAACGACAACGCUGAGUGCAAGACAGUCCAGCAGCAACGAAUUUGCAUUUUCAGGACCUGCGAUUUGCCCGAUAAGAAGUUGAGAGGAAAGACGUGCAAGGCAACUUUUAAAGCGGAGAAGUCUGCGAAGCUUACCUACAAGAACUGCACGACUACCAGGGCUUACCGGCCAAGGUACUGCGCCUCCUGUAAACGCCAUCGGAACUGUAUUCCCGUCAAGGACAAGACAGUCACCCUGGAGUUUGAGUGCGAGAAGGGAAGGCUGACGACAUUGAGCUAUAUGUGGAUUAAAAAGUGUAAAUGUCUACAUUCGAACCCAUUACUUGCCAGAAAAGGCUGGAAAAAGAAACUGAGAAAGGAUAAAAAGAGAAAGAAGACCAGAUUGAUGACGGAUAUAAACGAAACUGCUUGAUGAAAAGCUGUACAUGGAUCUGUAGAGCUUGGUUUUUACGUUAUUAAUGACGAAAAUUAAGACAGCAAGGCUCUAUAGUACCGUAUGUAUAGAUAUAAGUAUAUAGACAUAUAUUUACAAACAAACAUUUAUGUAAAGGGCCGCUUUGUGCAUUAGAAAAAGGCUGAUAUAAGAUAAUAGCCUAAUGAUAAUGGCAAUCAUUCAAUGUUUAGUAAGCACAGUUUGAAGGAGUUUCAGACUACAUUACAUUCUUUUCAACGAGAUUAAGAUAAAAGUUUGUUUGUUUAUACUUAAAGCAAUGUUUGACCAUUGUUACAGUAGCUGAUGUAUUAUAUUUAGAUAGCUGAUGUAUAUUUAGAUAGCUGUUGUAUAUUUAGAUAGCUGUUGAGCAAUACCUGUCAAAAAUAGUAAUGAAUAAAAAAUGGAAAUGAGAGUUGAAUUACAGUAGUAAUUGAUAUCAAUGUAAUUCCUUUCAAUUUCAAAUGUUUUCCCGCAUUUUGAAACGUAAAUGGUAACAGAUUUUACAACACACCGAAUGACAGCGGAGCCUUGAAAAAGUUGCAAUUGUUUAUAACUUCAAAACUUGUAAUUUUAUAUGUAUU